CCUCAACCUCCGCUUCUCCCGUCGGACGUCAGCAUGUCUACUCUUCCCCGGAGCUGGCCACUCUUCGCGGAGAAGUGACCCUUCGCGCCCCAGUCCUAAGUUCGCCCGUCCUCUGCUCUCCCGGCUUACUUCGGCCGCAAUGCCCGUCAACACCAUCACCGUCAGCGCCGCGGUUACGCCCACGGUGAUUGAGACAUACAUCUCGCACUACCUCAACCGCCGCCCACUGCGCCAGAAGCCCACGGCGCACAUCUCAUACCACGAGGGCCUCGAGCUCAUCCGCCGCUUCCUGCACUAUGCCUCCUUCCACACCGUCGAGGAGCUGCAGGCCUUCACGUCGCAAUGGGUCCCCGUGCCGACGUGGGUCCACGUGGAGCAGGUCGAGAUUCCACAGGGCCAACUGUCGCGGUCGGCCGAAUAUAUUCGCGCGCAGCUCGGUCCGGCUGGGAUAAAGGCGGUUGGCGGGCGGACGUGGUGGGAAUGGCGGCGAGAAGGGACUAGCUUGAAGGCAGAGUGGAUAGAAAUGCGCAAGGACAUGGAGCAGCGGAAGAGGUCGCAGAACACAAGGGGACAGCGGGUCAUGUUGUACGUGCAUGGCGGCGCCUACUUCUUCGGCAGCGUGGACGAGCACCGCUAUCAGAUGCAAAGACACGCGCGCAAAUUGAAGGCGAGGGUCCUGGCGCCACGAUAUCGCCUGGCACCGCAAUUUCCAUUCCCUUGCGGACUCCUGGACUGUUUGGCUGCGUACCUGCACCUCCUUGAGGAGAAGCACGAUCCGUCGACUAUUAUACUGGCAGGAGACUCGGCAGGUGGGGGCAUGAUCCUGAGCAUGCUAGUCACCAUGCGCGAUCAAGGCAUUCCAUUACCCGCGGGAGCCGUGUUGAUAUCCCCGUGGGUCGAUCUGACGCACAGCUUCCCUAGCCUGGGUGGAGACGGCAAGCUGGACUAUAUCCCGGCGCAUGGCUUCGUCCACAGGCCUAGCAUGAAUUGGCCACCUCCCAACGCCGACGAUCUACUCACAUUCGAGAGAAAUCCCCGAAACUCCCAGCAAAAAGAGAAGCGAUCCCCUCAAAUUUCCCUAUCACGGUCCAGCAGAGAGGGGCGAGAAGCGCAAAAGGAAGAAAAGGCAGAACGUGUCAGGGGCUUCUCGCUCAAGUCUAGCGACCGACAAGUUGCCGACGACUUGCUCAAACCGCCAGCAGCCGAUGAGGAACGAGAAGCCGUGGACCUCUUCGUGUCUCCAGACGGCAAAUACAGCAUCGGUCCAAAGUCGAUACUUUCCGUGCAGCUCGAGGAGGCGCGAAUUGAGAUCAAAGAUCAGAUUCAGUUGUAUGCCCCCAACCAUAUGCUCACCCAUCCACUGGUAUCGCCAGUACUACAGCCAUCGCUCGGUGGGCUGCCUCCCCUUCUAAUACAGGUCGGAGGUGGAGAAUUACUUCGGGACGAGCAGCUGUAUCUUGCGCACAAGGCCGCCCAACCGCUAGCUUAUCCUCCACCGCCGUCAAAUCACCAAACCGCCGAGGCCAUACAGGCCCAAGCGGCAUGCUACCGGCCCACAAACGUCCAGUUGCAGCUUUGGGAUGACCUCUGCCACGUGGCGCCGACACUCAGCUUUACGAGGCCGGCAAAACACAUGUAUCGCAGUAUUGCGCAGUUUGGUGCUUGGGCCCUCGCAAGAGCACAAAAGACUUCCAUUUAUAUCUUGGAGGACGACAGGAUUUCCAUUGUCAGCUCCGAUUCGUCCACCUCCAAGAGCACCACAGCCUCAGACAGCAAUCCUUCGCCCGAAGACAUCAAGCUCAGCAUGCCCCAGGGUGUACAGCAUGUCGGAUUCGAGAGCGUGGGAAAGAUGGAAGAAAGGAAGGCUAAAGUUGGCCGAGCGGGCGACCCUCUUCCAGACUUCGAACGCCACAUGAUUCGACAGCAAAUUGAUCGGAACGGCCAUAUCAAACCGCUUCCUCCGCCGAAAGAGCUUGAAGCGCUUAAUAUGCCUACUGCCGACAUUGGCGUUCCGAAACCAGGGCCCAUUGGCAAAUGGAUGAAGGCACAGCAGCAAUGGAACGGCAAGUUUGCGAAGCAGAAGCUCAAAAUUCAGAAGCGGCGGAUGAGGGAUAUGGAAAAGGGAUUCGAGGACUUUGAUGGCGAGACCCCGCCGCCAACCGCGCUUGCGGGACGACGGGUCAAGGGCAUGAAGGCUGAAAAGGCGAAGAAGAAGAGUUGGGGCAUGGCUAUGUGGAGUCUGUGGGGCAGCAAGCAUGAUGAGAUGACGAUUGAACGCGAAGAGCAAGCCGACCAGGCGCCCGAUCAGCCACCAGCAGACGGGGCCACAGACUCCAAACUCGCUGCACGCAAGCUGCCACCAAAAGCGCGCCGUAGGACACUUACGCGCACGCGCGCUUCCACUCUCGGCGCCCCAGCACUUUCAAGGUCCCGCUCGCGCUCGCGGCACUCCGCAGUGACAGACAAAGGCCAAAUCGGUACCUCAAUGGACGACCUCGCGCACCUUGCGCCUCCGACCCCGGGCCUUGCGGAAGCCACAGUCAUCGCACCAGAGCGCAAGGCCUCUCCUCUGCCCUCGCCGACGAGCGAGUUGAGCGGUCCGAGUGUCCUCACCCCAAAUAUUAUCGUCUCUCAAGAUGGCGACCCAGAGAGGCCCCAGAGCCCAGAGACGCUGAUACCUGCUACGGAUACCCUGAGUACGCGACCGACGAGGGGCGGUGUCGCGUAUCCAUUCCGGCUAAAGGUUGAUGGGAAUGAGGAAGGGGAUGUGAAUGCGAGUACUCUAACGCUGCAGAGCUUUAGUGUUGCGUCGCCGGGUGUUGAGGAAUUUGAUAAGGAGGACAAGGAGUUGGGUGGAUUGGAUGGGGAAGGGCCGAAGCAGAUGGAGAAAGAGGAGAAGCAAGAUCGACCCGGUGUGGAGAGGUUUGUUACUGCUGGGGCGGGAGAGCUCAAGAGCGACGCGGAGGAGGGUGGAAAUACUGCCGGAAGACCUGGGGUGGAGCGAUUCGAAACUGCGCAGGAAGAUCUGAGUACGCUUGCGAACGGCAAGGCGUGAGAGACCGGCGGGGUUUGGAUAACUUGCAUUCAGGAAGCAGCUCGAUACCCACUCGCUUUUGCAUUCUUACCUUCCUACCAUAGCCUAGCCUUAAUACAAUACACGCAGCGUUCCUCUUACGGUGUGGAAUUUUCCGGAUAGAUCGACGUGCGCAAUAGCUACCUUAGAGGCCUCCGUAGGUGCGUACAAUACACAAGCUAAUUUUACUUUCUUAUCCGGCGAGCCCUUAGAUCUGGAGAAUUCCCUACCGCAAGAGGUUCUCACAACACCUUCUCCACAUCC